AGGGUUGAGCCCCGCAGCUGGGGGCGGCAGCGGAGCCGCACACCGCCCCGCCCCCUCCCGCAACGGGAAGACGGAAGGGUUUCGGGGCGGCCCCGCUCCUCGCCCGAGCGGGCAGCACCCGGUGCCAUGGCGCGACUGCGCUGGCAGCCCCGCUGCUGAGGGAACCCCGCGCCGGGAGCAGCCAUGGCCGCCCUCCGGUCCGCCCUCUGUAGCUGCCUCCUACUCUGCGUAUCUGGAAUAGUGCCAAAACCCCAAAACACAAGGAUUACUUCAGUUAAUCUUCGUAGCAUUUUACAAUGGGAUGCACCUAGGUUUUACAAAGGGAAUAUAAGUUACACCGUCCAAUCUAAGAGCAUCAAUUUACCUGGAGACACAUAUGAAAAUGUGAGCACAAAUUUGAGGCUCACAGAGUGUGAUGUCUCUUCUCUGUCUGCAUAUGGAGACUACAUUUUACAGGUCCGAGCAGAGUCAGAAAACGACCAUUCAGAGUGGACAACCAUCAGAUUUAAGCCAAUGGAUGACACCAUCAUUGGGCCACCUGAUGUAAAAGUGAAGUCAGAGUCUGGGUCCCUGCAUGUGGAUUUCAUAGGCCCUUUUGCUGAGCGUGACAACUGGCCUCUGAAGCAGUAUUACGGUUCAUGGAAUUACAGGAUACUGUACUGGAAGAAAGGCAGCACUGCUUCUGGGGUAGCUCAUGUAGACACUAAACAUAACACUGAAAUCCUAUCUCAGUUGGAGCCAUGGACGAUAUAUUGUAUUCAAGUGCAAGCAGUUAUCCCCGAGUGGAACAAAACAGGGGAACUGAGUGAAGUGCUUUGUGAGCAGACAACCCACAAUGGUGUAACUCCUGUGUGGAUUGUUGUGACCAUUCUUAUAGGAUCAGCAUUGGUCGUUGUGAUAUUUGUUCCUGUUUGUUUCUUUUUGGUUUUGUAUCUGUAUCGACUCACCAAACAUGUUCUCUGUCCUUCGUAUGUUUUCCCACAACACUUAAAAGAGUUCUUGAACAAGCCUUCCAGUGGUUCACAGACUUUUUCUCCAGUCCCACAGGAAGAGCAUCUUUUUUAUGAUAAGCUAACUGUCAUUUCAGAAGAAUCCAAAAGUCACAGUGAUGAGAGUGGACAUGAAGCCAGCAAGACACCAGAGCACCUUCAGGACUCUGAACAAGAAGAUUCUGAUUCAAGAACAGUAUCAGUUUCAGAAGAGGCCUGAAUGCACUCCUCAUACUUCAAAGGAAAAGCAAAUGUC